UUUUUUUUUUUUUUUUUUUUUUUUAACAUCGCAUCCCAUAAGAGGUAUACAAAAGUUUUUGUUUGGAGAAUUUCUUGUAUACUGAAACUCGCAAUUGUUUUGGAACUCUCCAAAUUUUGUGCUUUGUGUUUGUCUCUCUCUUGUUUGGCUUGUCCCCGUACACCACCUUGCCAACUUCUCCUACAUUCCCUCUUUUCUGGCUUCUAUAUAUACACAUAAAUACCCCCUUAAAAACAUAAUGUAAAUCUCAUUUCCUAAUUAAUUAAAAUCAUGGAGAAGUUUGUUUUCAAAUUAGCCAUCUUUUUAUGUGUUUUCUACACCCUUUUGCUCCAACCAUCUACUUCUUUCCAACUCAAUGUUGGUCAUCCAAGGAAGCUCAAGGCUGUAGUAGGAAAGGUCACCGAGACUGACAAACAUAGCGAGUCACAAAUGAAGGCAAAGGAAGAAAUCAAAGGUGAACUGCAAAAGAAAAAUGUAAAUAUGGUGCAAAUUACAGGAGAACGAUGGAGAGAAUGGGAAGAAAAUCACGACGCGUCGGAUUUAUUCACCAUGGAUUACAGGAGAGUUAGAAGAAGACGACCAAUCCAUAACAAAUCCCUUCAUCCAUGAAACAUGGCUAGUUUUAAGUUCGCUUGACUAACGGGAAUUAACAAGACAAAACAAUAUUAGACCAAUUUUUUAAAAAUUAAUAUUAGGUCACAAUUUUGGGGGAGAAAACGAAUAUUGUAAUUAGCAAAAUGGGGGAGCUUGUCUUCGUAAAGCUUUGGUUAGAGCCGGCAUGUUGGAAGACUAACUAUAAUACUAUAUGUACGGAGUAGUAUGUAAUUCUCUGUCGCUUAACUUUUUAGUACAAUAAAAUAAUAGUAAUAAUAAUAUAGUUACUUUCAAAU